UUUUAGAUCAAAUUCUCUAUAGUUCCUCCAUCCUAGCCUGAAGAGAGUGAAAGAGAGAGAUGGGGAAGCUCAGUAACGAGGCCGAAAAGCCUAAUUUCAGCCAUUUCAGCCAUGACCACCGACUGGAACUCACUGCCUUUUGUGAAGCAGACCACACAAUGUGUUCAGGGUGCAAGAUUGAGAUAGUCCCUGGAAGGAACUACUAUACUUGCAGAGCCUGUAACUACUCUCUCCACCAUGCCUGCUACAACAUGCCAAGAUCACUCCAACACCCUGCUGACCCUAACCAUGACUUGGACCUCCUCCUCUUGCCUUCCUUCCAAUGUAAAGCUUGUGGCUUCCAUGGCUCGGGCUUCUCCUACAGUUGCAGCAUCUGCCAUGUUCACUAUCAUACCUUAUGUACACAACUCCCACCUACAAAAGUGAAUAGUAUGCAUCCUCACACACUAGAACUCGAGUUCUCCCCACCAUAUGGCAACCCCAAAGUCUUUCGCUGUGACAUAUGUGGAAGCCCUGGUUCUGAUCAUUGGCUUUAUCGUUGCAGCGGGUGUGAGUUUGACGUGCACCUCAGUUGUGCAGGCAGUGCUGCUCCAAAGCAACCGCCUCAGCCCCAGAACCAGAGUCCCUUAGUCUCAGCCUCCCAAGCUCCAAUACCAUCAGCAUACAACAAUGUUAAGGCCAUUGCCCCACAAACUAACCAGUGUGCCACUUAUGGAAAUCAAAAUCAGAUUAUGCAGCCGAAUGGAAGUUAUAUGAACCAGCACCAAGUUCAGAAUCCAAUGAACAACAGUUACAUGAUGAGUUCUGCAACCAGCGGCACACCAAUCGGCCCAAGUGGAACAUAUACUAAUCCUAGUAAUGUCAUGCAGCCUGGUGGGGCAUAUGUUAACCAAACUGGAAACUAUGGAUUUAACCAUGGAGGAUAUGUUCAGCCAGGAGGAAUGGGAAUGGGAAUGGGAAUGGUCCCACUACGUAACCAAGGCAUGGGGUAUCCUACUCAGCCAGGUCUUGGGGUCGGUGGUGCUCAAGGUGCUCUUGGGGCUGGAAUGGCUGGGCUUGUAGUAGCUGGAGUUGUUACAGGAAUGGGGGAGGCGGUAGGACAAGGGAUUGUCCAUGGUGUUGCGGGCGGAUUUGGCAACGAUGGGCCAGGUUAUUAAGAUCCCAAUGCCUGUAACUGAAGUUCUAUAUGUAUCUCACUGCCUCAUGUAUGGUUUGGUUAAUGUCCCCGGACCGAAGUAGGAAGACUAGCACUUAUCUAAAUCCAGUGUGAAUAAUUUCAACUUGUGUACUUUUUAUUUGUUUUUAUGAGAAAAAGUGAAGUGGG